UUAAAUUUCAUUCUCCACCCACUACUCAGCUGGUUAGGGAGAACCAUGUGUUGUGAGCCCAGAAUGGAACAAUUCUUUAGUAUUGGAUAAUAUGAUUGCUCGCUAUCAAAGUUACUCAUACAGACUGUACAACACGUCAUGGCUACAAAGAAACUGGCUAAUGAACUCGGACUGAUAAGGAAACGCAGCCGACCUUCAAGUGAAAAGAAUGAAAAAAAGCGCUGUGGGCAGCACUUUUCUUACCUGAUUGUCAUAGACUUUGAAUCUACUUGUUGGGGAGACAAGAAUAAUUAUGGUCAAGAAAUAAUUGAAUUUCCAGCUGUUGUACUCAACACCGGCAAUGGGAAGAUUGAAUCCGAAUUUCAUACCUAUGUGCAGCCUCAAGAGCAUCCUGUACUCUCCAAGUUUUGUACAGAACUCACCGGAAUCAGACAAGCACAGGUUGAAGCAGGAGUACCUCUCCACAUUUGUUUGUCUCGAUUCACCCGCUGGAUUCAGAUGUUGCAGGAAGAAAAUAACAUGGUGCUGGUUCAGGAAAAAGUCUGUUCAAACACUGGCCAUCCGUGUGCCUUUGUCACCUGGUCAGACUGGGAUUUGGGAGUUUGUCUGCAGUAUGAGUGCAAAAGAAAACAAAUCUGCAAACCUGACAUAUUUAACUGCUGGAUUGAUCUCAGAGCAACCUAUAAGCUUUUUUAUAAUCGAAAACCAAAAGGACUUAACGGGGCUCUACAGGAUCUCGGAAUUACAUUUUCUGGCCGGGAGCAUUCAGGUUUGGACGAUGCCCGCAAUACUGCUCAUUUGGCUUGGCGAAUGAUAACUGAUGGCUGCCUGAUGAAAGUGACCAGGAGUCUGGAUAGGGCACCUUUGAGGACGAAACAGCUGUUCCAGAUGAACCGGCCCGCUGGCAAUGUGGGUGAACGUAGUGUGGCAGAAGUGGGAAUUAAGAAACGCGCUGUGAAGCAACCAAAGCCUGGACAUUGUGAAAACAAGUCAAUCGAGAACAAGGGCAAACUUGACGUUUCUUCCAACCAUGAGAGUUAUCACUAUCAAAGCUUUGUGUUGCCAAAAACUCUUUUUCAUGGUUUAAGCACUCCAGUUGUUAAAGGGAAAACCUCAGCACCAACACCAGUGAGUCAGCUUGGUUCAAAAGGAUCACCCCUGUCUGUAACUGCUGCUUCAUUACCGAAAGGUAGCCUGGUAUUGGUUUCCACGACUAUUGGCUGCAUUUCAAAUGCACAUGAGGCAGAUGCAAACUUAAACAAUGACCCUGCAACUUUGCCGUGCGAAUGGACAGAAACUCCACUUUUGAUAGAAUCAGAGGAGUCGCGGUCAUAUGAUGACGUGAUUCUUGAGGACAGUGAUACAUCUGCUGCUCCCUUCAUGGACACUUUUACAUCACAGGAUUCAAAUGGUACGCAACUGAAUACUGAUGGUUCUCUACUAAAUGCUAAUAGCAGCCAUUCCAAACAGAUUGUUUUCAAAAAUUCAAACACAACAGUGUAUUCGCUUGGGAAGCACAGACCUUCUUCCUCCAGCAGUGGUGUAUUUAAGACUCCGCUUUUGUCAGAUGGCACACUUAAGGAUAAACGUAUACCCCUCUCAAAUGUGUCCUGCUCUGCAAAGCCCAAGGUUACAUGUGGUCCAGAAAAAUACUCUGGACUUAACACAAGCACACCCACCAGGUCUUUUACAGUCUACAAGGAUAAGGAUGAUUCCUGCUUUUCCACUGAGCCCAGGUUAUCUUCAGGUAGACUGAGUUCAGUUCCAUCCUUGCCCCUCUCUUCAUCAGUGAACAGGACAUCUCUUCACUCAAGGGGCCCUAUGAAAAUGACAUCUCCAUUGUGCACCUGUGGCCGCAGAGCCAAGAGGAUGACGGUAGGAAAUGGAGGACCCAACCAUGGCAGAGUUUUCUUCAGCUGCCCCAUUGGGAAAAUGGGCUCAGGAAACAAAACAAGCUGUGGAUUCUUCAAAUGGGAGUCUUCUGUUUUAAAAGCUGCAUCAAGAGCUGUGGCUUCCCACUCCUUGUAUUCUAUACCUGGUACUAGCUUUGCAUCAUCAGGGAAGAGUUUCUGUAACAACAGUUUCUCUCCACAUACAAAUUUUGCUCGGAGACCGUCUUUGAGAAAUUAGUGUUCCAGUAUUACUAUGUAAUUUUUUAAUGACAUGCUUAUUUCACAUUUUUGUGUGUAAAACAUCAAGUGAGUUUUCCUGUCUUGAAUCUGGUCUUACAGGGAAGUUUAAAACAUUGUGGUUCAACAAGGAAUGUGAGUACGCUCUAAGUGCUUGUAUUAUGUUUGUACAUAUUUAUUCAGUUUCUGUGCUACAUUAACUUCCUUGCUUUGAGUGUAAGAAUUUUAAAUCUAUAUUUUUAAAUAAAAGUAAUUUUCCAUAUUAAUAAAA